AUUUGUUCAAAGCUUAAGAAGAUAAGAAUAAGGUAAGAAUGAAAUGAUAAUGUACAAGAUACCCAAAGCAAAGUAGAGGAAUGAAAUUAAGAGAAAAAGAAAUGAGUGUGAUUGGUAGGGUUUGGUGUUUGUUGGUACCGUUGGUGUCGUUGAUCUACGAAUCCCAUGGAGCGGGAAGCUCCUACGCAGGUUCCGCAAGUGCGAUCAUCGAUCCUUCCAAGGUCAAGCAGGUUUCAUGGAAGCCAAGAGCUUUCGUCUACAAAGGUUUCCUCACCGAAUUGGAAUGCGAUCACUUGAUUUCGUUAGCCAAAUCGGAGCUCAAGAGAUCCGCGGUGGCGGAUAAUUUGUCCGGUGAUAGCAAGUUGAGUGAUGUCAGAACAAGCUCUGGCAUGUUCAUUUCCAAGAACAAGGAUCCCAUUGUUGCUGGUAUAGAGGACAAGAUUUCAUCAUGGACUUUUCUUCCAAAAGAAAAUGGAGAAGACAUACAAGUAUUAAGAUAUGAGCAUGGGCAGAAAUAUGACCCACAUUAUGAUUUCUUUGCUGAUAAAGUUAAUAUAGCUCGGGGUGGACAUCGUGUUGCCACUGUUCUCAUGUAUCUCACUAAUGUGACCCGAGGCGGUGAAACAGUGUUCCCUAAUGCAGAGGUAGAGGAAUUUCCUCGUCAUAGAGGAUCUGAGACAAUUGAUGAUCUCUCUGAGUGUGCCAAAAAAGGAAUAGCAGUGAAACCGCGAAGAGGGGAUGCACUUCUUUUCUUUAGCCUCUACCCGAAUGCUGUCCCAGACACUAUGAGUCUCCAUGCAGGAUGCCCCGUAAUCGAAGGUGAGAAAUGGUCAGCAACAAAGUGGAUUCAUGUGGACUCAUUUGAUAGGAAGGCUGGAGGGGACUGCACUGAUCAUCAUGAAAGCUGUGCGAGCUGGGCUGCCGUUGGAGAAUGUACUAAUAAUCCUGAGUACAUGGUUGGAUCUGCCGGUCUUCCUGGCUACUGCAUGAGAAGUUGCAAGGCAUGUUAAUGUGUUGCUGAAUGCUUUCCAGAUUGCACAUGAUAUUUUCUGGCACUUUUUCUAACUUCGAAUGGUCCUCCAUUUGUAUUCUGUCUUUUGCUUGGACUGUAAUAUAUUAUAUAUCCCUUUAUAAAUGGUUAGCUCUCAGAUAGUGUUCCAGUGUCAUUGUCACACUUUAAGAGGUACAUUUUAUGAGUUGCGAAGCUGUAAUGGUAGGUAAUGUGGGGUUCACCAUUUUUUCAUUGGUUAUUUUGUAUGUAGAACACAGAAGGAAGUAUACAUCAGUUUUCUCACUA